UUCAUCCGGUUAUAAGCUUUACUGGCCUUUUGGUUCCGGUCAACCAUGCCAUUCCAGAGGUUUGUAGAAUCUGGCCGCGUUGCUUACGUGUGCGAUGGGCCACAUCAGGGCAAGCUCAUUACAAUUGUGGAUGUUAUUGACCAAAAUCGGGUUUUAGUCGAUGGCCCGGCAUCGAAUGUACCACGCGGGGAGAUGAGAUUAAAUCAACUUCACUUGACCAAGUUUCGAAUACGUUUUCCAUAUACUGGAUCCACUCGUGUUGUACGCAAAGCAUGGGAAACAGCAAAUAUCAGUGAACUUUGGAAACAGACUAUGUGGGCAAGGAAGGUUGAAGCUAAAAAGAAGCGUAUGGAACUCAGUGACUUUGAUCGUUUUAAAUUAAGGAAAGCAAGACAAAUGAGAAAUAAAUUUAGGACAGACAUAUUCUACAGAUUAAAAAAGAAUGUUAAGAAAGCAAAAAAAUCUGCUGGAGAAAAGAAAGCGGAAGAGAAGUAAUCUUUUGUCAUACAAAAUAAAUACAAAUUUAUAAGACUA